AUGAUCAGCCUUGCCCAUGACGAAAGAAAAGAAAAUUCCCUACUAACAUGUCAUCGUCGGAAGUGUGAUCUCCGGCCGGACGCGUGCGGUCAAUGUCGCAGGGCCGGUUUAUUGUGCCACGGCUACCGAAACCCCGAUGCCCUGCAGUUCCGCAACGAGAACCGUUCCGCGGAACAAAGGGCACUCGCUCGGCGGGGUGACGUUCGGUACCCUCCGGGGAGCCGUCCAGCUGUCCUCGAGCUGAGCUGGGACACCAGAGCCCGAUACGCGUUCUUUUCGACAUAUGUCAACACCUUCACCCGGAGCAUGAAUGAGAUAGCUCACCACUACCGCACCGCAAGGGAAAUGGACCAUCUUUCAGCAAGUGUCGAAGCAAUCAGUCAGGCUUUUAUGGCUGUUCAGCUAGGUAACCCGGAACUUCUCCGAUCGGCCAAAUCGAGCUACGUCACGGCGAUCCAGCGGCUGGGCCACAUUCUGAACUCACUAGAGGCCGAUGAAUCAGAAAGAGCGCUGCAGACCGUUCUCCUCCUUGACAUGUACGAGAAACUGGUCCACCGAGACCCCGGCACUUCUCAAUCAUGGUUGAGCCAUGCUCACGGGGGCUUGUCAUUACUGGGUGCCCGUGUGACAAGCAUUAUAUCGACCCCAACCGGCUGCCAAGUUGCCGCUCGCCUUGUGACGGCGGUGACUGUGAGCAGUGCCACGGUUGGUGACAGGGUACCCCCACAGCUUGCCGCCGUCCGUCACAAUAUCGGUUAUCGCGUCAAGGGCGUGAAGUGGACCUUCCUGGGUGUGCUUGGGCUGGUCGUCAACCUCAAGUCAGACGUCACUCGUGGUGGGGUGUCACCCUUGGAUCUACUACUGAGAGCAAAAGACUUGGAUAAUCAGAUCAAGACUUUGGACAGAGCUCGACCGGCGGAAUGGCUGCCGCGGACCGUGCAAGUUCCUACAGAUGAACGGGUCCUGGGACAGUCUUACGACGUCUACCCCGAUCACUACAUCACCCAAGUGUCCAACGCGAUUUGCACAAUCCGCCUCAUUCUUUACGACUUGGUUCAACGGCACAUCCCCAUGGAGACACGCCCGAGGGACGACAUCUUCCAUGGGACCAUUCGCGACUCGGUCAGCCAGAUAUGCGCCUCAGUACCCCAGUUCAUCCUGCCAGGUGUACAUGAAACCAACUCGUUACCCUUCUCGCCGGUCCAGCAGCUUCAUUGUAGUACUCUGUUGGCGCCCCUCUACCUGAUCAACCAGGUCUCCGAAGACGAGGCGGUCAAAGCCUGGAUCCUGCGAUGCUUGAGAUUCAUGUGGGGAUCCGGCGGCUUCAAAGCCGCCAAAGAAAUAAUGCAUGUCUUGCAAACAACGCCGGACUUGGAUUACUGGACCGUCUUUGCCAAGACUGGAAGCUACGCGAUCCUAGCCUGA